ACCGGCGGCGCCGACGGUCCGGCGGCGCUAGAGGACACGGGCAAGAUGGCGGCGGCUGUGGCGGUAUUGCGGCACCUGGCCCCGCUGGGAUCCCGCCUCACCCGCAUCCCGCCGCACGGCUGCACCGGCGGGCGCUUGCUCCAGCAUCGCAGGGGGCUGCGUGUCUCCGCGCCAGCCGCCAUACAGGUGACUGUGCGGGAUGCACUGAACCAGGCGCUGGAUGAGGAGCUGGAGAGGGACGAGCGCGUCUUCCUGCUCGGCGAGGAGGUGGCCCAGUACGAUGGCGCCUACAAGAUCUCGAGGGGCCUCUGGAAGAAGUACGGGGACAAGAGGGUGAUCGACACUCCGAUCUCGGAGAUGGGCUUCGCAGGAAUUGCUGUUGGUGCUGCUAUGGCGGGACUGAGACCGGUGUGUGAAUUCAUGACAUUCAACUUCUCCAUGCAAGCGAUUGAUCAGGUCAUAAACUCAGCUGCCAAGACCUGUUACAUGUCUGCAGGAUUAAUCGGUGUUCCCAUUGUCUUCCGGGGCCCCAACGGGGCAUCAGCUGGAGUGGCUGCCCAGCACUCCCAGUGCUUCGCUGCUUGGUACGGGCACUGCCCGGGACUGAAAGUUGUUAGUCCUUGGAGCGCAGAAGAUGCCAAAGGUCUGCUGAAAGCAGCCAUCCGGGACGAUAAUCCAGUUGUGAUGCUGGAAAAUGAGUUGCUGUAUGGUGUUCCUUUUGAACUGUCUGAGCAGGCACAGUCAAAGGACUUCGUUAUUCCAAUUGGAAAAGCUAAAAUAGAAAGGCAAGGAACUCAUAUUACAUUAGUGUCACACUCAAGACUUGUUGGACACUGUAUGGAAGCAGCUUCUGUACUUGCCAAAGAAGGUGUAGAGUGUGAGGUUAUAAACAUGCGUACCAUCCGACCAAUGGAUAUCGAAGCAGUGGAAGCCAGCAUUGUGAAGACAAACCAUCUAAUAACUGUAGAAGGAGGUUGGCCACAAUUUGGAGUAGGAGCUGAAAUCUGUGCCAGGAUCAUGGAGGGACCUGCCUUUAACUACCUGGAUGCUCCAGCUGUGCGUGUUACCAGUACAGAUGUUCCUAUGCCCUAUGCAAAAAACUUAGAAGAUAACAGCAUGCCUCAAGUGAAGGACAUAAUAUUUGCAGUGAAGAAAGUACUGAACAUCUAAUUUGUAAAUACAUGCUUUAAAGUUCUGCUUUAUGAAGUGUUUAUGUUGUUGGGCAAGUUGUAUGCAUAACUUCUGUUGUAUAGUUAUAUGAACUUUUGUAUAGUGGGGGAAGUACUGGGGACCUCCCAGGAUGUUUAUACCGGGUCACCCUCUAAGCCACAUGUCAUGUAAGUAACAGUGUGGCCAUGCUUGUUUGUUCAACAGUACGGGUGGAUUAGUGCUACUGUAUGUGGAGAAAUCCUGUUGUAAACUUGGAGUGAGGAAAAAUCCUCCAUUUCUGCUUAUCUUGUAAUUAAUUACCAGACCAGCUGCGUUAACUGGCUUUAGUGGUGGUUCAAGGAAGAACUGUAGUGAGCAAUGGGAGGCCCCAGUGCGAGCCCUGGAAUGCUGUGGCUCCCUAGGAGCCCAGGUCACAAGGCUUAUUAAAGGUGAAGGAUCAAACAGGCCUGAGUGAAAACUCACUUGGCAGUUCAGCAGUUAAGUGCUGCUGUUUGUACAGAGGGGCUUUGGCCCUGCACUCUGAGCACUCUGCUUAUGCAGGAAAGCUUCUGCACAAGAGCUUUAUUUAAUAAAAAUUCUCUUCAGUAUGUGAUGGGAAACGCUACACAAUUUUUCUUUACUAACAGCCACAUUAAGUGAUAAAAAUGCUUUGUGUCACAUGGGCUAACAACAGCAUGCUCAAACUGUAGUUCUUACAGUGCAAAAUAAGCUAUUUUACUCAGACUCACUGAGUUCUGAAGCAGCAGUUGUGUAGAUGAUGUUUGGAGAGCUGGGGAAGUGGCAGCAGCCUUUCAGUAGAUGGCUGCACACCGGGGUUCAGUCCAGGGAGGGCUCUGCUGGGCUUUGUUCAGUAGCUUCUGGUACAGAGUGAGAGCUGCCUGUAUCAGCCUGGCUUGCCCCAAACACUGGUGGCUUUCCAGUGAACUGCUGGAGAGGAGACCUACUUACCUCUGUAAGGAGCAGAACAACUCGGAUCCUGUUUCCAUGAAGGGCCAGGAAUACCUUUCAGGGUAUUCCCUUUUGCAGAACUGCUGUUAGGUUCUUAGGAAGUCUGGCUUCAGGUGCAAUCCUGGGUGAACAUACCCACCACUACACUGCUGGAGGAAUUCCAUUAAUAUUUUAAUAAAAAUUACUGGAUAUCACAGGUUGCAUGAAACUUUGUACAGACAUUCUCUGCAUAGUAACAAACACGGAUGUACUUGAAUUUAAAAAAAUGGAUUAUCUUUAAUCCUUUAAAGUGCAAUUUGUUUAAGGUUUUAAAUCAAAAAAAAAAGGUUCUUUCAAUAAAGUUUAAGCUCUAGAAUUAA